CUCGGCCCGCCCGACACGUCGCGGAGGAGCGGAUCCUGCGCGCUUCGGGGUGCUCCUGUGUGGCCCGACCCGUGUAGCCGGUUCCUGAAGCAGGCGACAGGAACAAGAUGUGAACUGUUUUUCCUCCCCAGAAAAAGAGGCCCUUCUUUCCUCUCCUGCGAAGGCCAAUGUUCUGAAAAAGGCUCUGGAUGGGAAUGGCUUGCCUUACAAUGACAGAAAUGGAGGCAACCUCCACAUCUCCUGUCCAUCAGAAUGGUGAUAUUCCUGGAAGUGCUAAUUCUGUGAAGCAGAUAGAUCCAGUCCUUCAAGUGUAUCUGUACCAUUCUCUUGGACAAGCUGAAGGUGACUAUCUGAAGUUUCCAAAUGGAGAGUAUGUUGCAGAGGAAAUUUGUGUGGCUGCUUCUAAAGCUUGUGUAUCUGCUUAUUUACGGGAAAGUGAGCGCGAGAAGGAGAGAUUAUACUACAAGACAUUCUUACCGAAGUGCGUUAGAGCAAAGAUCCAAGACUACCACAUUUUAACACGGAAGCGGAUAAGGUAUAGAUUUCGCAGAUUCAUUCAGCAAUUCAGUCAAUGUAAAGCCACUGCCAGGAACCUAAAACUUAAGUAUCUUAUAAACCUGGAAACCCUGCAGUCUGCCUUCUACACAGAACAGUUUGAAGUAAAAGAAUCUGCAAGAGGUCCUUCAGGUGAGGAGAUUUUUGCAACCAUUAUAAUAACUGGAAACGGUGGAAUUCAGUGGUCAAGAGGGAAACAUAAGGAAAGUGAGACACUGACAGAACAGGAUUUACAGUUAUACUGUGAUUUUCCUGAUAUUAUUGAUGUCAGUAUUAAGCAAGCAAACCAGGAAUGCUCAAAUGAAAGUAGAAUUGUAACUGUCCAUAAACAAGACGGUAAAAUUUUGGAAAUAGAACUUAGCUCAUUAAAAGAAGCCUUGUCAUUUGUGUCAUUAAUUGACGGGUAUUACAGACUAACCGCGGAUGCGCACCAUUACCUCUGUAAGGAGGUGGCUCCUCCAGCCGUGCUUGAAAACAUACACAGCAACUGCCACGGCCCGAUUUCAAUGGAUUUUGCCAUUAGCAAACUAAAGAAGGCAGGUAACCAGACUGGACUGUAUGUACUUCGAUGUAGCCCUAAGGACUUUAACAAAUACUUUCUGACCUUUGCUGUUGAGCGAGAAAAUGUCAUUGAAUAUAAACACUGUUUGAUUACGAAGAAUGAGAAUGGAGAAUACAACCUCAGUGGGACUAAGAGGAACUUCAGUAAUCUUAAGGACCUUUUGAAUUGCUACCAGAUGGAAACUGUGCGCUCAGACAGUAUCAUCUUCCAGUUCACCAAAUGCUGUCCCCCAAGGCCAAAAGAUAAAUCAAACCUUCUUGUCUUCAGAACAAAUGGUGUUUCUGAUGUUCAGAUCUCACCAACAUUACAGAGACAUAAUAAUGUGAAUCAAAUGGUGUUUCACAAAAUCAGGAAUGAAGAUUUGAUAUUUAAUGAAAGCCUUGGCCAAGGUACUUUUACAAAAAUUUUUAAAGGUGUAAGAAGAGAAGUUGGAGAUUAUGGUCAACUGCAUGAAACAGAAGUUCUUUUGAAAGUCCUAGAUAAAGCACAUAGAAACUAUUCAGAGUCUUUCUUUGAAGCAGCAAGCAUGAUGAGUCAGCUUUCUCACAAGCAUUUGGUUUUGAAUUAUGGAGUGUGUGUCUGUGGAGAGGAGAACAUUCUAGUUCAAGAGUUUGUAAAAUUUGGAUCACUGGAUACAUACCUGAAAAAAAACAAAAAUUCCAUAAAUAUAUUAUGGAAACUUGGCGUGGCUAAACAGUUGGCAUGGGCCAUGCAUUUUCUAGAAGAAAAAUCCCUUAUUCAUGGGAAUGUGUGUGCCAAAAAUAUCCUGCUUAUCAGAGAAGAAGACAGGAAAGCUGGGAAUCCACCUUUCAUCAAACUUAGUGAUCCCGGCAUUAGCAUUACAGUUCUCCCGAAGGACAUUCUUCAGGAGAGAAUACCAUGGGUACCACCUGAAUGCAUUGAAAAUCCUAAAAAUUUAAACCUGGCAACAGACAAGUGGAGUUUUGGUACCACCCUGUGGGAGAUCUGCAGUGGAGGAGACAAGCCUCUGAGUGCUCUGGAUUCUCAAAGAAAGCUGCAGUUUUAUGAAGAUAAGCACCAGCUUCCUGCACCCAAGUGGACAGAGUUAGCAAAUCUUAUAAAUAAUUGCAUGGAUUAUGAGCCAGAUUUCAGGCCUGCUUUCAGAGCUAUCAUCCGUGAUCUUAACAGCCUGUUUACUCCAGAUUAUGAACUACUAACAGAAAAUGACAUGCUACCAAACAUGAGAAUAGGUGCCCUAGGAUUUUCUGGUGCUUUUGAAGACAGGGACCCUACACAGUUUGAAGAGAGACACUUGAAAUUUCUACAGCAACUUGGCAAGGGUAACUUCGGGAGUGUGGAGAUGUGCCGCUAUGACCCGCUGCAGGACAACACUGGGGAGGUCGUGGCUGUUAAGAAGCUCCAGCACAGCACCGAAGAGCAUCUCCGAGACUUUGAAAGGGAAAUUGAAAUCCUGAAAUCCUUGCAGCACGACAACAUCGUGAAGUACAAGGGAGUGUGCUACAGCGCUGGUCGGCGCAACCUAAGAUUAAUUAUGGAAUAUUUGCCUUAUGGAAGUUUACGAGACUAUCUCCAAAAACAUAAAGAACGGAUAGAUCACAAAAAACUUCUGCAGUAUACAUCUCAGAUAUGCAAGGGCAUGGAAUAUCUUGGUACAAAAAGGUAUAUCCACAGGGAUCUGGCAACAAGGAAUAUAUUGGUGGAAAACGAGAACAGAGUUAAAAUAGGAGAUUUCGGAUUAACCAAAGUCUUGCCACAGGACAAAGAAUACUACAAAGUAAAGGAGCCUGGUGAAAGUCCCAUAUUCUGGUAUGCUCCUGAAUCUUUGACAGAGAGCAAGUUUUCUGUGGCUUCAGACGUGUGGAGCUUUGGAGUGGUUCUAUAUGAACUCUUCACAUAUAUCGAGAAGAGUAAAAGUCCACCAGUGGAAUUUAUGCGAAUGAUUGGCAAUGAUAAACAAGGGCAGAUGAUUGUAUUCCAUCUGAUAGAGCUACUGAAGAAUAACGGAAGGCUGCCGAGACCAGAAGGGUGCCCAGAUGAGAUUUAUAUAAUCAUGACAGAGUGCUGGAAUAACAAUGUAAACCAACGCCCAUCUUUCAGGGACCUUUCCCUGCGGGUCGAUCAAGUCCGGGACAGUAUGACUGUAUGAAAGAGAUGGCCUUUCCUCAGAGACCAGGCUGACUUCCAGAACCAGAGCAGAGCUCUAGCUGCAUGGCUGUGGACUGUAUCCACAUGUCCUUGUCAUGAUGCUAGCCAGAGGAAGAUGUGAUGCUGUCUGCUCAAAACUUUGUCAAUAUUUUUAUGUACCAUCUGUAAAAACCAUUGCUGAAGUCUGGCAGGAUGCUUGUGAGCUGGUGCAUGGAGCUCACCACAGUCACCGCAUCUCCUCUGGCAGAAGAUGAAAAUAGACAUUUUCAAUUCAACUCUUUGAGAAAUGAAAAAAAUUAUAAUGUAAAUUUUGCAGUGUAAGAAAUACACAACAUACAUGUACAGUUUUUACCACGUGGAGUGUAUUAUACUUUGGCAUCUUGUGUGAUUUACAUGAGGGCUGAUGUUUAUUAAUGUUUUCUAAUUUUUCCAUAGUUGAUCUAUAAUAACUUCAUGAUACAAAUUAAAAUGCUCAGAAAUUAAAUACCUUUUCUUUCUUGCUCAUCUACGCUGCUCUGUCAGGGCCUGUAGUUCCAUGUCACUGUAAAUAUUUUUCAAAGCAGAAGGAACAAAAGUCUAGUUUUAUUUGCAUAGGAAAUCUUCCUGACCCUAAAGAAUUUUGAAAUGGGACAAUCUUACAAAAACACAGCACAAUCUAUUUUCUUAUUUGUUUUCCUUGUGUUUAUGGUAAAUAUGUUUUUAAAUAGAACUGUCUCCAACUUUUUCUAUGAGUAUAAUGAAUAAUAUUCUUUUAUAUUUUUGAGAUUAAGAAUGCCAGAAAUACUUCCCUCCCUUGAACUGUUAACUGCCAAUGAGAUGUUUCAUUCCCUGAGACUUGUCAUUAUACAUUAAAUCGAAGCAUAAGCCAUAAAUAAUUUGUAAAAUGUACAAGCUCUUUAAGAUGCUUAACAGGUUAGAACGUGAUCUAAGACUGCGUCUGAGGGGUUUCCAGGCUUGCCGUUACAGCUGUCUGAGGAGUGUCCCUUUGUCAGAGUCUCCCAGACAGAUGGAAGGCAAAGGUUGUGGAGCUGUUCAUUCCAUUCAGGAAUGCCAGCAGGCGUGUAAUGGACAUCUCUAGAAGAGAGGAGAGAGCAUACUUAUUUUCAAAUAUAAGUAAUUGUUACCGUCUGUAGUGCUGCUCCAGCUUAGACAUGUCAUGUCAAAAAUAAAACAAGAUUUUUGUGUGUUAUUUAUACAAGA